CACCCCAGACUUAAGGGGUAGAUUGUUAAUUUGCUCCUUGUCCUCAGUAUAAAAAGUAUGGCUCUGUUGGCUGUAAUAAAAAUCAUUAGGGAUCUUUAAUUUCCCCAAGAUUGUAUAUCUUUGAUGCUUUCCGGCAUAUUUCUUUAAUCAGGUACCUUCCAGAUGAGCUUGGGCUACUACUUCAAACAGCUGCAGCUAUCACAAUCAAUCAUUGGAAAUGCUAGUAUGUGGUCGCCUUAAUGUAUACUGAUUGCCUAAAAGUCCAAUUCUCCUUAGCAUUUUAAGGCUUGUUCUGUAUGAUUGGGUAGUUUAAGAUAUUGUUUUUCCUUUAUGCUGAAUGCUACUUCUGAUCAUUUUCAGAAUUCUGAAAUCUACAAGUUGACUUUGGAUCAAUACAAUGAGGCAGUCACCAAUGCAGAAGAUGAAAUCAGGCGGAGGAAUACACAACCUAUAUGUGCAAACCUGCAGGAAGCCAUUAUGAUGUGCUACAAUGAAAAUAAGCAGCAAGUGCUAAACUGCUCAGAGCUAGUCAAGGAGUAUCAGCGUUGUGUUAGGCUAGCACAAAAGGAAUUAUUGGUCCAUUUUGAUUAAAAUCCAACUGCUAAAACAGGUGAAGACAGCAGAAGUUCUUCAGAGGCCAGCAUCUUCUUUUGUUUCGUGCUGCUGUCAAUGAGUGCCUUCUAUCUUUAGCAGUGCACAAAAAGCACGCUGUGUCCUUGCAUAGAUGCCUCUACGGGUCAGUUGCAAUGGUUGAAUUUGGAAUUAAGGGCCAAAUGGGUUUGGGCAAAGCUAUGCUCUGAAAAAGUAUGUUGCCAACAUCCUUCAUCUGAUGCUCUUUCAUGAAAAGGAAUGCUGCAGGCAAAUAUUGUUUCUAAUAUGGAAUAUUAAACAAAAUAUAAAACCAAAUGUUCAAUGUUAUUAUUAGCCAAUAUUUAAUUUGUGUUUCCUCUUUUUUUUUUUUAGAAUCACACAUCUACAGAAUAAUAUCUG